CGUGGUAAUAGGCAAAAACUUCUGUAAGGCCUGUUUAACCUACUUUUGUGGAAUACCUUCAUGGCCAGGCCUGUAUAAGACUUAUCCUGGUUUUCUCCCAACCUUUUGAAUUGAUAUUGUAUCUGUGAGAUAGACUUCCAUCAUGGAAUCUAUAUUGGCAAACCAAAUGGAAGAGUUGGAUGAAGAAGAAGAGUAUGAACCUAAAUUAAUCUUGGAAGAUGGGAGUGAUAUGAGUGAAGAUGAGGAAGAUGAUUUAGAAGAGAAACAUGCUAGUUUGAUGGCAUCCAUCAAGGCCAUGACUCAAAAUGAUCAAAAGAAAGUUAUAGAAAGAACUAUCGGUUCAGCCGAUGUUUCAGAAUUUGGUUUCAAUAAGACAGGUGGAUCUAAAAUUAACAUUGGUGAUCUAAUCAGUACAUUGAAUACAUCAAAUCAAGCUGGUAAAUUAAAGAAACAAGUUAAAUCUAUAGGAAAUGAAAAGAUUGCUGAUAUACCAUUAGAGAAACCUCAACAAGAGAGACUAGUCAGAGGAAUUGCGUAUAAAGCAAUCACAGAAGAAGUAUCAAAAUGGCAGCCUUUAAUUCAGCAAAAUAGAAAAGCUGAACAGUUGACUUUUCCUCUACAACAACCAAACUAUAGUUUAAAAACAUCAGAUGAAAUGACUAAAAGGUUUCAGCCACGUACACCAUUAGAAAGAGAAAUUGCUUUAUUAUUACAUGGUAGUGAUAAUGUAGAAUGUCAAACUAAAAUGUUAACUAAAGCUGAAGAAAGAGCUCUAAAAGCUAUGAGUUUAGAAGAGGCUAAAGAAAGAAGGGCAGAAUUAAUGAAAUUCAGGGCAUUAAUGACUUAUAGUGAAACCAGGUUUAGAAGACAGAAAAAAAUCAAGAGUAAAGGAUAUCGUAAAAUCUUGCGUAAAGAGAAAAUGAAAAAAGAAGAAAAAGAGUUAGAUAGUCUACAGAAGACAGACCCUGAGAAAUAUUUAGAAAAAAUAGAAUAUGCAGAUAAAGCACGAGUUGAAGAAAGAAUGAGUUUAAAACAUAGAGGUGGUAGUAAGUUUGCUAGAAAGAAAAUGAUGUAUGCAAGAUAUGAUCCAGAAAUGCAUGAUGAAUCAAUGUCUAUUUCUACCACCAGAAAAACCACAAUGGAAGAUAUGGAAGGACAUUGGUCAGAGGAGGAGAAAGUAAAAGAUUUACCAAGACAGUUUUUGAAUAUUAAACAAUUUGAACAGAGUAUUAGUCAACCUAUUGGUAAUACAUGGAAUCCAGAGAAAGCUUUCCAUAGAAUGAUACAACCUAAAGUAGUAACCCAGGCUGGUGCCAUUAUCAAACCUAUAGAUAAAGAAGAAAUGUUUAAGAAACAGAAGAUAGAUAAGAAGGCUGGAGGUGAUAUAGAUAACAAGAGAGAUGACAAGAAGAGAGUUGUAAAGGGAAAGAAUAGAAAUGUUAAGGGUUCUAGAAAGAAACAUUAGAUUAAUUGUCAAUUGUUUGUUUAAGAUUUGUUAUUAUUAUUGUGAAUAAUAAAAUUGAAAUCUUUGAAAAUAUAUACUUUUAUUUUUCAUGUCAUGAAAGUAAUAAAAAUUUGAAUUGCAGAAAAAUGACUAAUGAGGGCAAUGUUAUGCAUUGUGAAAUAGCUCACAUCUGUCUUUUUCAUACUAUCAAACUACAUGCUGUUGCCAUGUCAGUCUUUCCAACCACUUCCAGCUUGUUGUAUGAUUUCAAAUCAUGAAACAUUUCCACUCGGUAUAGUCAUAACAUAUCUUUAUUUCUUAACAAAACAUUAUGCACCAACAUAGGUGUAAAAUAUACACUACAAAUUUAAAGUUUCAUUCAAAAUAACAUCAACCAUAUCUUAGAAUUUUAGGCUCAAUAUACUCUGCUGAAGCACCCACCACAUCCCCCUAGUUGACUCAAGUUUAAUGUUUUGCAAAGCUAAUUGAAUUACUAUAUAUGAUAAUUAUAUUUGAGCAUUACAAUAAUAAAAUAUUUUCACUGUUAAAAUAGUGCUCAAUACAUCAAUUGUAGAGCGAUAUAGAAAUCUGGGCAUUAAUUAAGAAACAAUCCAAUAAUAGGAAAUCAACGUUUUUUGAAUUUCUUCUUCUUGUCAAAUUUGUUGGCAAAUUGUGAUUGAAAUAUAGAUUUGUCAGCUGCUUUAUAAUCAAAUGGUUUAAAAUUAUCAGUCAAAUUUGUUUUGUCUUUCUUUUUCUGUUUGGUAGGAGCAAUUGGUGUACCGGUAUCAGAAGUAUUAUUGGGUGCAGUUUUGUCCCCUAUUUUCUGCCGCUUUUGUUCCCGGAUUUGGUUUAUUAAAGGCUCUUUGAUAUUUGUCACUCUCUUUCUUUUUGCUGGGGGGACAUAAGAUGGAGCUGAUGUAGACUCUUUUUGUGUAGUAUUUGUACUUGGCUUAAGAAGCCAGGUAUUCUUACAUUUUGUCUCAAUGCCAGGUAGGAACAUAUCAAAUGGCUGAGUCAGCUUUUCUUUUAUUUCAGCAGCCUUUUUCGCAGCAUUAGAUAAGGUGGACAUUUCAUGCGAUUUGCUAAAAGCUGAAAUAAUUGGGUUGGCUGAAACUAGGAAUGAAGCAGUUGGUUGGAACAUUGAACCAGAGCUAGCAACAAGAUUAGGAUCAAAAAUGGAAGAAAAUGUGAGUGAAUUAGAUUUGGACAAAUCAUGAGGACUGAAGAUAGAAGUAUUAUCUCCAUAUGUUGAUGUUUUAGAGCUGGUUUCAGUCACAGCUUUCUUUUCUUUUUUCACUACAGGUACACUUCUAGCAUCUUGAAUAAUGGCAUAAAUUUCAUUGAUGUAUUGUCUGACUAUAGGAGGAAUAGGAUUACAGCAGGCUAAAAUUCCUUGUUUCUCCCUUGGUAAAUAGAUGAUAUCUGUACAACAUAUGAUUAGGUAAAACAUAUCCUGUACUUUCAUCUUCUUGUCGAGCUAUGUUGUCUCUCCAUGAGUACAAUUGUUUUAGAGAAGAUAAUUGCUGACUGUCAAACACUUUCCUACUUUUUCUAUACAGUUCUAAAUGUGUGUCAUCAUUCAGGACUAGUUUCUUGUAAGUUUUUAAACAAAUUU